UCGCCUGACCCUAGUGGGGCCUCCGUGAGCCUCACGUCAUAGGAAGCGCAACAGAAAACCACUGUGCCCGGUCAGCGUGUCUGCUCCCCCGGGGAGGAGGGACCAGCCCAGAGUAUGGCAGGUGCUCAGGAAACCCUGGUCCCCACCCACUCCCGCAACCCCGUGGCCCUUCCCUCCGGCAGCCUAGCUGGAAGGAGGCCCUGGCCCACCCCAGGGAGCCGGAGCGCCUCCGUGUCUGUUGGCCACACUGCGCUGUGGCUCCUGCCUCCGAAGUGCUCUCUGUAUUCCCAGCAGGCCCCCCAGCUGUGUGCGGUGUGACUGUUGAGGUCCCUCUUGAGGUGGCUCCUCUAAGGCAGCCUUGCUUCCUUUGAGCUCCAUGGCUGGGCUCCGCCCCGCUCAAGGGCCUCUUGCCCCGUGUUCUGCAAGUUCUCUGACUUACCUCACCCAUCAUUUCGGGGAGGCAUCUUCUGGUCUAUUCUUGUGUUUCCUUUCGUUCCCCCGAGGCCAUCUCCUCUUGCCAUAGAGACCCCCCGCCACCCCAGAUCCAGCCUUGCUCUGGGCCCAGCGGAAAGAAAUGCUUCCAGGCUGUAUCCUGUUCUUGUUCCUCUCUGCCUGGGAACUGCCUGGAGCCUGAACAUGCCUUCCCCACUCUAGUCCUCACCGGGUGUUCUAGCCCCUUCCACUUCAUCUCACUCAGACCCUACCUUGGCACAGCCUCCUCUGACCCCUGCUCAGGUGGCACCAGCUGGUGUGUCCGAGCCUGGACUCCAUGUGUGCUGGUGGCAGUGGAGGAACAGCUGGAUGUGGCAGCAAUGAGGAUGCUGGUUAAGUCUCAAGACGCCUGGGACCCAGAGUGUCUCGAACAAAUUUGAUACGACGCCCCAGAUCCCUUCUCUCCCAUGUGACCGUGGAGGAGGACGAUGAAUGAGGUGAAAGAAUCCCUUCGCAGCAUCGAGCAGAAGUACAAGCUCUUCCAGCAGCAACAAUUCACCUUCAUCGCUGCUCUGGAGCACUGCAGGGAGAACGCCCACGACAAGAUCCGGCCCAUCUCCAGCAUUGGACAGGUGCAGAGCUAUAUGGAACACUACUGCAACAACUCCACGGACCGGCGGAUCCUGCUCAUGUUCCUGGACAUCUGUUCGGACCUGAACAAGCUCUGCCAGCGCUUCGAGGCCCUGCACUCGGGCACCCCGGUCACCAAUAACCUCCUCGAGAAAGGCAAAACCCUUGUUAGCCAAAGCAACGACUUAAGCAACCUUAGAGCAAGAUACCCCCACGACGUGGUGAACCAUCUCAGCUGUGACGAGGCCAGGAACCACUACGGAGGCGUGGUCAGCCUCAUCCCCAUCGUCCUAGACUUAAUGAAAGAAUGGAUCGCCCACUCAGAGAAGCUGCCCCGAAAAACGCUGCAGCCUGUGAGUGAGCCCUGGGCACUCCAGGAAACCACGGGGAGAGCCACUCGUCCUGUCCAGACCACAGGCACCCAGCUUUUGUUCAGAAAACACAAGUAUAGGCAACUCACAAGAGACAGGGGGAAAGACAAAGGAUGUUCUAAACCUCCCUGGAGACCACCUGGUGGGAAACUGUAACUCAAAACCAGGGGCCUGCUCUGUGGAGGGGUGCUUUGUUAUGGAAUUUGCUUUCUACUGACUGAUCCAUUUUCUUUUGUGCCCACAGUCCCUGCCACUUACUAAUUCCAAAAGAGAUCAGCCAAUAUAUUAUUGAGAAACUCUC